AUGUCGUCCACUCACACCGGCCAGCAUCAACAUGCCAAAGGCACCAGCCGCAUCAGGGCGCCCGCCCUCAAAGUCAGAACAAACUUCAUGGAUAUAACUGCUUCCAACGGAAAGGCAAAGGCUAUUGCGUCGGCUGACUGGCGCAAAACGGCCUCGGCCGUCUCAUCUUCCGGUAGCUCUCUGCGGACAGGGACCGCGUCAACCAGAGAACGAAGCAUGAGGAGCAGCUCGGGCAUGUCGUCUUCGGUGAUUGUCGAGGUGGAAAACAUAAAUCCGGGUUCCGUCAAUAUCCGGCGUCGCAGCGAGGAAGAAGCUCUCUGGGAUAUGAUCGUCCCCGCUCGGACAGGCAGGUCAGCCACGUUGACAUCCGACUCCCUGUCCGGACUAAGUGUCUGCGAAGUGACAGCCGUGCAGUUCAAAGACAUGAAGACCAUGACGGUGAACAUCAAUGGCGAGGAUAUAUUGCUGCCUAACCGGUUCUCUUUUGAUAUUGUUCCUGUCAACACCGCUGAGAGUUCUGAAACUUCGUCGUCUAGGGUUUCGAUUGGGGAGUUAAAGCGUGUGAAUGGCCCGCGAAACUUUCACCUCAAGCCAUCAGACGAGCUGCUUUUCUCCCACGAUCUACCAGACGACCUCCAGAUGCUCCUAACAAAGGAAAAUGGCGUCGUCGGUUCGUCAAACGCCUUCUCGGGCUUUCAGCCAGAUUUUGGUUGCUCCCGCCGCCCCAGAAACCUGACGAAGAGCGCAAUGUUCCAGCGAAGCAGCGAAGAUUCUGUCAUGGGCUGCUUCCGGAGCGUUCAAGCAGAGCCCGAUGGAAGACGCAAAAAGUCGACAGAGGAUGACGGUUCGCGGUUCCAGAUGCUUCUGAGGCGACUGAACAAGAACAAGGCACCGCCGGCCGACGCUCGCCAGACAACUAGCGCAUCAGCCUUCGAUAUUCGAAAAACUGAUCCCUCCAUUGUAGCUGCGAAAGUGAAGAACCACGAGGCAGCAGAAAUGAACUCAGAAGCCGAUCGACGUAACCAAGAACUCAUGGACAGGCUUUACGAGCGGCUUCCUGGUCAGGGUCCCAAGACGGGCCAAGAAGGGUCCCAAGACUCGGGCUAUGCGACGGGCAGUAGGACACAGGACCAGAGAAUAUAUCGUCCAAGUGACGCCUCUGGGAGCAUGAGCAGUGUCAUUAUCCAGAGACCCCAGGGACAAGACACUUUUGAGAGCCCCACCAAGAAGCUGAACCCCACCGCGCAAGAGUUUCAGUCAACUUCGGGCAUGAUGGCAAUGCCGAAUUUUUCGCCAAAAAAGCUGUGCCGUCCACCGCUCACAAACUUGUUCCCCAAUAUGAUCCGGCCGGCGACAUCUAUCGAACCUGGCGUCCAAACCAUGCGGGCCUCGCAGUAUGACCCAAACCAGCUGACGGACGGUGUAGCUUCUCAGCCACGACCUUGCUUCGGCUCGGGAGAGGCGAUGCUCAAUGGAGCCGUAUCAUCUGAGCACAUGUUUCCGGACCUUCAAAAGAACCUAUCCCUUAAUGGCAUCAACCCACGACCUUGCUUCGGCUUGGGGGAGGCGAUGUUUAGGGGAGCCAUAUCGUCUGAACACCAGUUUCCGGACCUGCAUAAGAAUCUGCCCCUCGAUGGCAUCAACCAACCAGAACUGCCACCAUAUAUGGGCAUGUUUGCACCGCCCAAGGCACAAGGUCAGCAACCCGUUGAACCUUUUCCUUUUGCUCCUCCCAUGUUCGCUCAGCCGACAAUGUCGGCCAGUCCACUAGCCAACAACUUCGGGACGUUCAAUUCAUCUGGCCUGCCAUUUUCGCCGCUGGAAAUGGCACAGUUCAACCUGGCAAACCCAAAUGGGUUCAACACGUUCCCGUAUCACGGUGCUCGGGGUCCAACGGGUGCUCAUCCGCGCCUCCCGGAUGGGUUCAACCUUGGCAACACAAUCACGUCGCCAUUCGCAGGCGCUCCUUUGCCUCACGUCUUCGCUAACGAGGAACACUUGUUCGGUCCAGACGACAGAAUAAACCGGCCUCAUUUCCCUGUGACGCAGAAACCACGGGAUCAUGACCCGGUAAAGCAGCAGCAGUACGAGGCAUACCUGGAGUGGCGAAAGGCCAAUGAACCCGGCUACCAUUUGCGCUGCAAGAUGCGCCAGGCACACCGUGUUAAGGCGAUUGCAGAAAAAGCCAAGGCCGCAGUGGGAGCGAGGGCGGCGGCUGCGGCGGCCGAGAAGAGGUCCCUUGAGGAAUCUGUGCGUAAUGAGUGGAAGGUGAAGGUGCACGAGAAGAGUUCGUCGACCGAGAUGGAGAAAACGAAGCGAGUAGACAAGGCGGGCGAGAGUUCGAAACCGCCUGCCAGCAGCGGCGAGGCGAAUACUGGCGAAAGCAAAGAAGGGGGCGCUGACGAGUGAAGGACAGGACAGCGGAGCGAAGCAGAUUUGCCGGGGUCAUCGAUAUGAUUAUAAUGCUAUGACGGCGAUGAAGGAUUAUUGACAAUGAUAUUAGGCAGGCUGGCUUUUGGCAUUGAGAGGGAUCGAUCGCUUAUUGUGGUUAUAUGUUAUUGUUGUACGAGCCGACGGGGCCUGGACGAGGCGCUGGAUAUAGACCUAUGGUUUGUCUUUUUCAUCGUUUCCAUUUUCUUUAGUGCGUUUGGUUUGGUUAAAUUACUAGCUCCGAGGACUAAACACGAAUAUCCUACUCUAGGUUAUCCAGGCCAUUGGGCACCGCGCCUGCUUUGAGGCUCUGAGUC